CGUGUCCCCGGAGGGAGGGGGGCGGUGGCGGCAGCGGCAGCUGGGGCUGCAGACGGCAGCCUGGAGGUCCGGAAGUCAACACCAUGUCGAGUCUGCAUAAGAGCCGGAUUGCAGAUUUCCAGGAUGUCCUGAAGGAGCCCUCCAUUGUGUUGGAAAAGCUUCGAGAACUCAGUUUUAGUGGCAUCCCCUGUGAGAGCGGACUUCGGUGCCUCUGCUGGAAGAUCCUCUUGAACUACCUCCCUUUGGAGAGAGCCUCAUGGACUUCCAUCCUGGCCAAGCAGAGGGGACUCUAUUCGCAGUUCCUGAGAGAGAUGAUUAUUCAGCCUGGCAUUGCCAAGGCCAACAUGGGUGUAUCCAGGGAGGAUGUGACCUUUGAGGACCAUCCUCUGAACCCAAACCCUGACAGCAGGUGGAACACAUAUUUUAAGGACAAUGAGGUGCUACUGCAGAUUGACAAAGAUGUCCGGAGGCUGUGCCCAGAUAUAUCCUUCUUCCAAAGAGCCACUGAGUACCCCUGCCUCCUCAUCCUGGACCCACAAAAUGAGUUUGAGACCCUUCGUAAGCGGGUGGAGCAGACAACACUGAAGUCUCAAACGGUGGCCCGGAACCGAAGCGGGGUCACAAAUAUGAGCUCCCCGCACAAGAACAACACACCAUCAGCCCUGAACGAGUAUGAGGUUCUACCCAAUGGUUGCGAAGCCCACUGGGAGGUGGUGGAGCGGAUCCUGUUCAUCUAUGCCAAGCUCAACCCUGGCAUCGCUUAUGUGCAGGGCAUGAAUGAAAUCGUGGGCCCCCUCUACUAUACCUUUGCCACCGAUCCAAACAGCGAGUGGAAAGAGCAUGCUGAAGCAGAUACCUUUUUCUGCUUCACCAACCUCAUGGCUGAGAUCCGGGACAACUUCAUCAAGAGCCUGGAUGACUCCCAGUGUGGUAUCACCUACAAGAUGGAAAAGGUGUACUCCACCUUGAAGGACAAGGAUGUAGAGCUCUACCUGAAGCUGCAAGAGCAGAGUAUCAAGCCUCAGUUCUUUGCCUUCCGAUGGCUGACACUGCUGCUAUCCCAGGAGUUCUUGCUGCCUGAUGUCAUCCGAAUCUGGGACUCCCUCUUUGCUGAUGGCAACCGCUUUGAUUUCCUCCUCCUGGUCUGCUGUGCUAUGCUCAUACUGAUCCGGGAGCAGUUGCUGAAGGGGGACUUCACUGUCAACAUGCGGCUUCUGCAGGAUUACCCCAUCACAGACGUCAGCAAGAUCCUACAGAAAGCCAAGGAACUCCAAGACUCAAAGUAACCUGGUAGCAGAAGGCCUAGGAUUGGAAGAGCAGCCACCUGCCUCCAUACCCUUGUUGGGACACAGAGGAGCCUGUGAGGCCAGCCUGAGGGAAAGCUGCAGUCUUGGCCAGCUCCAGGUCUUCCCAACCUGGCUCCCAUGGUCCAGGCUGCUCUGGGAGCACACCGCCUGCCUGUGCUCCUUCCCAGUGCUCAGCCCUGCCACGCUCCCUGCACUUCAGCCCUGGGACCCUCUACCCAGACUGCUCAAAAGGGCUGGAGCUCCUGAACUGGCUUCCUGGGGCUGGGGCCAUUUGGCCUAGCAGGCUGACAGGGUCGUGCCAUGCCUCUGCCCAGUAGCUCCUCACUCUUUGUGCUUUCAUCUUCCCUGGGUCCUGGUCAGGGAGGUAAUUGGCUAAUGGGCCAGAAACCACUUCUGAGUGUCGGUGCUCAAGCUACCUGGGGAAGCACCCCCAGAAGAGCUUAGGGACUACCAGUUCUAGGGUCACCGUUUGUCUCUGUCAGAUGUGUUUGCUCAUGGCCGGUAGGGCUGUCUCCUGAGUCUCUGCUUUUGUGUAUGUGUUUACUUGUGUCUUCACACAUGCCCUGGUCUCUGCUUUUGUAUAUGUAUGUACUUGUGUGUUCACACUUGCCCUGGCAGUGGGGUGAGGGUAUGUGGGAACCCUCUAAGGCCGCUUCCCCUUCUCUGUGUCUACCUCUGCCUGUCCCUUUCUUCCUUUGCCAGAGGCAUGUGUGACUUCUGCUCUUCUUCCUCUGUCUUUUCCUCUUUACCCUUUUCUUGGGGCACCUUACUCUUCCCUCUCUCCUCCCCUCUGCUCCCUGAAGCCAGCAUUCAGAAGGAGUGUAACUUAGUGAGAGCCCUGUAGGCCAGCUUUGUUGGCAUCCUGUUCCCAUCCCCAGCCUGAGGACCCCAGGUCCCCUCAUCAGAGCAGGAAUCCCUAGUAACUGGUCAGCGGACCCUGACCCUUCUCUGCUUGUGGAAGCCAAGUGCUGCUGACCGAGGCAGUCUGUGAAGCUUUGGGCCAUUUUCUGCCCAGGAAUGGAAAAAGGAGGGACGGGGCUAGUCUACAGUCAGACAUUAAGAUGCCCGGCUAUUGUGUGCCUGUGAGUUGGAAUGUCAGUAAAGCUCUCAUCCCCUUGGUUUCCAUGUUCUCACCCAGGGUGUGUGGGGCUUGUCAAGGGCAGGGGGACCAAAGAUGCUUCUCUGGGUCCAGGGUUGGCUAAACUGGAAGGUGUAGAGCCUCACAGUGCCAGAGUGCUACAUCUCCUCUCUGCUCCCGGGGACAGUGGUUGGGAUGAAGGCUGCAGAGGGGCUGGGUUCCCUGAACCCUGUACAGCAAGUAGACUUCUGACCAUGUUUCUUCCAUCUCUCAUAUGGAGGUCAAGUAGCUUGAGUCCUGAAGGCAGGUUGGCAGCAAGGGUUCUCACCUUCUCCUGAGACUGGCCAGCAGGAGCGAGGCUCCAGCGGCUGCCACCUGAAGCCUUCUGAGAGCAGUGAGCAGCACUUCCUGCCUUCCUAGGCGAUGGCUUUAGCUAGCUUGGGUUGAGCUGUGCUGGCACUCUGCUUGCCUUUUACUACCUUCUCUCCAGUACACAAGACCUGGGGGAUUUUUACUAUUUAUUUAGACACGGACUAGCUAUUUAUUGCAGAUUGACAAGUGACCCAGGACUGUGGGUGGAGAGGGGCUGCUGGGAUGCUAAAGGAGUUGGAGGUAUGGACUGUCUUAUUUCCCCAGGUUAACCCUGACAGACAUCCUCUCCCCGUUCUUGGCUGGGAGAGCUGCCAGCCCUACACUAGAACUGAGUGUAAGGGAGGCCAGAGCUGAUGCCUUUGCAUUCUCAAAGAUACGGGCCAUAUACACUCCUACCAUCCUGAUCGCCCCCAAACCUAGGCUCAGCCCCAAUACUGACUCCUUUGUUGCCUGGGACACAGCCAGUGCUGCCCAGGAUACUGCCCUCUUGCCUGUCUCCCCCACCCCCGCCCCCAUUCCUGGGACCAUUGCUACUGGAAUCACUGCAUCUGAUUUGUUUCUGUGGGAGACCUGCAUCCUGUGCCCACCACUUGGUCCUUGAGAUGAAGGCCAAGGACAUGGAGACUUUGUCUUGGGUCGGGUGGCUCUGCAGAUGGGUGCUGCCUGAGGGAAGGCUCUGCCCUUGAUUCUUAAGGGGGAGUCAGAGCCUGAGCGCCUGCAGCUCACCUGGGAGCAGCUCCCAGGAGCUUAGCAGGCCAGUGCUGUUGAGUUGUCUUUAAUAAACUGUGUGCUCUUUA